AUGAAUAAUAAUAAUAAAGUAGAAAUUGAUAAAUCACCAUCAGACUAUAGAGAAUAUAGAUAUGUAAAGUUGGAGAAUGGCCUCUCAGUGUUGUUGAUUCACGAUGAGCAAGAACAACAAUCGGCUGCAUCUCUAUCGGUUGGUGUUGGAAGUUUCCAAAAUCCAAAGGAAUACGAAGGUUUGGCUCACUUCCUUGAGCACAUGUUAUUCUUGGGUACAGAGAAAUAUCCAGUGGAGAAGGAGUUCCUCACUCAUAUCGAGCAGAACGGUGGCAGCUAUAAUGGAGUCACUCACUACUACUGUACCUCCUAUUACUUCAAGAUCAAUCAGCAACAUCUCGAGCAGGCACUCGAUCGGUUCUCAUCGUUUUUCAUCUCGCCACUCUUCACCAAAGAUGCCACACAUCGUGAGGUGAACGCUGUCAACUCUGAGUACCAGUCAAACGUACAGAACGAUCUUCUACACCGUUUCUACGCUACACUGAUGUCGUUUGAUGACCAUCCGCUUACCAUGUUCAACUGUGGUUCACUGGAAACUCUCAAUAAAGCCGAUCUACACUCAAAGAUGGUUGAAUUCUACCAUAAAUACUACUCCGCCAACUUGAUGAAUCUGGUCAUCAUCGGUCCACAGUCGUUGGAUGAGCUCGAGAAGUUGGCAACCUCUUAUUUCUCAUCGAUCAAGAACAACAAUGUGAAGGGACUUGAAAACUACGAUGCUAUCAUCGGACAUAUCUACAACUACAUUGAGCUCAUGAAAAAAGUAGAUGUUUCCUAUCUCUACGAUGAGAAACAGCAACUCCAACAUUCAAGAUGGGCAUCCAUUGGAAAGUCUGACUUGAUGUCCUAUGCCAAUGCCAUCAGUACACUCUUUUGUAUCAACUCCAUCGAAAGAGGUGACAUCCUAAGCUUUGAUUACAUUUUCGAGUCAUUCAACACCAAACAAUAUCAAGAGAUAUUAAACUGUUUCAAUCUAGAUAAUGCAAUUAUCAAUCUUUAUUCCAAACAAUAUGAAAAACAAGCGCAAUUGGUUCAUAAAUACUAUUGUUUCCAAUACUCAAAGGUUGCCAUUACAAAGGAAGAUAUUGAAAAAUGGAAAUCCGUUGAACCAACUCCAAAGCUGUACAUUCCAAUUCGUAAUCCCUACAGUCCAGAGAAUUUCGAUAUCAAGUCGGAACAAACCAAUGUCGUUCAACCAUUGGACAAGCUGUUCGAUGAGCAAGGAAUAACUGUUUUGUUCUCUCCAGACACUCAAUUCAAUACACCUCUUGCAAACUUUUAUUUUAAAUUCAACUCGUCGAUUGCCACUGCACGUCAACUCACCAUGGUCUAUCUCCUCAAGAAGUGUGCUAAAAUACUGUUGAAUGAAGAUGUUCGUUAUUUCGCUUUGAUGAACGGUACCACUUUGAAGUGGGACAUCACUCUGACCGGUGUGAGCUAUCGUAUCAGUGGAUUCAACGACAAGAUCGCUCCACUCAUUCUCGACAUCUUUAGUAAGCUCUCGACAUUCGACUUGUCAGAGUUCCAAUUCCAGCUGGCAGUUGCCAAAGCUCUCAAGAAGAAGAGAAACACCGCUUUCUGCAGUCCAAUCGAUCACGGACUCAAUCAGAUCCGUCCAUUCCUAAGCAACACAAUCUUUGGCACUGCCGAAGAUAUCCAUGUACUGGAAUCGGUCGACUACCAAGAGUUUCUCUAUUUCGUUCGUCAUUACUUCAAGACCAUGAACAUUCAAUCUGUAAUCACAGGUAAUCUCAGUCGUGAGGAAGUGCUCGACUUUUCAAAUCAAUUGCCAAAAGUAAUGAACGAGAGAAGACCAUCUCCAAAGUGUGACAUUCUCUAUCCACGUCGAGUAGAGCUUACCCAAGGCAAACGUUAUCAUCUUCGUCAAACCUUUGUUGAUGAGAAUCAAGUCAAUUCCGUGUGUAUUGCGUUCUUCCAGGUCGGUAAAGGUUCGGUUGAACUCUAUUCGAUGGGAAUGCUCUACAACCAAUUGAUCUAUAGUAGUUUCUUCAGUGAGUUGCGUACCAAACAGCAGCUUGGAUAUAUCGUUCAGACAGCUUCAGACACUGCACUGGCAACCGUCCAUCUACGUGUACAAGUACAAUCAGACACCAAAGAUCCAGAGUAUCUAUUUGAUCGCAUCGAUGAGUACAUUCAACAAGGAUUGAAGGAGGAACUCAACGCUUUAGAUGAAUCGGAGAUCCAAAAGUAUGUCACCUCUUUGCAAGAGAAAUUACUACAGAAAAAACCAAACAGUAGAUUUCAAGCAUUGGAAUACACUCAAAUUACUCAAACAUUUGAAGGUGACCAAAAAAUAAGACAAAAACAAGUUGAUUAUCUAUCAACUGUUAAGAAGUGUGACGUGUUGGAUUUCUUUGAACAAUAUGUAUUGAACAAAGAAAAGAGAAAAAUGGUCGUUGUUCAAAUCUAUGGUAGAGGACAUAAAAUCAAUCCAAUUAACGAUCCAAAUGCUAUUGAAUUGACUGAUCCAGCAGAAUUCAAGUCGUCAAUUGGUUUAUAUCCACCAUUCUGUUUAACUAAAUAA